AUGGAUUCUCGCACCCUCGAUCAAGUUGAUCACCUCCUUCGGCUAUCCAGGCUUGAUCCAGAAGAUUUCUUAGACAUAAAACAGGUUAUAUAUUUUGAUCAAAAUGCCAAUGAAGUGAAUGACAAUUUUAUAGUUUUCGAGUUGCCGAAACAAAUGGUUGAGGCAAUGCUUCUUUCCAGUCAGGAGCCAUUGCUAGUUCUAAAGUCAGAGAAUGAAGGCGCCGUAUUUGCCUGUACUGGUACGGAAACUUGCUCAUUGGUAGAAGUUGAAUCCUCAAAUACUGUGUUAUAUACUUCUAGCCUCUGGCUUCCACAAGCCAAGCCAGAAAAUGCGCCUGCUGAAACGAUUAGUUCAUCUAGCCUUUUCUUUAACCCUGUUGAAUUUUCUCAAAAUAAAAUCAUAGAGCUCGUACCAUUCAAUGGUCCACGAUUACAUCCAUUAAAAAAAUUGCUAUCGCCCUCUUCGUUUAUGGGACAUAUCGAAGAUGAGGCAGAAGAUACGGAUGGAAUUAAUCUUAUUUCAUUGAACCAAUUAAGAAAGCUAACUCCAUGCAGUGAAUCUGAAUUACAAAUUGCAUUAAAACGUUUAAAUUGCUGUCAUUGGAAUGGGUAUGUCAGAUUGAUGGAGGUCGGAUACCUGCAAAAUUUCAUGAGGGAUGUGUUCAACGUAAUCGAUGAACAUUCAUGGGAUUGGCGAAAGAACGGUGUUUUAUUAGAUUCUGCUAUAAAAGCUCUAGACGCUCUAUACCCUCCCCAACUUAUGCCACAUUUGUUUCGUCUUUUCUGUUCGAAAUAUCGUCCUAGAAGAAGAUUCAAGAUAACAGGGCGUGAUACUCUGACUCCAAAAAGACUUUUAGUCACUCCCAAGCAUUCUCUGGAUAACGAGGAGCAACUUUCGAAGGUAUUGAUAUAUAUUUGGCUUGUGGAUUUUAUUUUUUACCUUUUGUAA